ACAUCUCUCUCACACACCUCUACCAAACAUUCCUUCAAAUCCUCUUCUCCAUUAUGUCCCCAUUUUCUACGGAGAAUUUCAUAAAGAAGAAAAAAACAUGCUCCAAUCACCUAUCCUCUCUCUGUCUCCAGCUAAACAAACAUGGCUCAUUCAGAAAAUAAUCAAUUCAUUCAAAUUUUAAUUAAUUAACCAGACAGAUUCCUAUAGCUAAUUAUAUACGUAUUUAUAAUGUCCAUUCUCCAUUAAUUGCAUUCUUGGGUCUCUGCAUAUUCACAAAAAGACCCGUGUUUUCUUUAACAUUUCUUGAGAAAAAUUACGGUCCGACGCCAUAAAAAUGAGUCUUUUAUAGCAAGCAACCUUUUUGUCGUCAAGAUUUUGAAAAAACAGCAAAUAGCAUCAAGAUUUGAGAAUUUGCUUCUUUUUUGGUUCAUUUUUUGUUUUGAGAAUUGGAAGUCAUAGGUGCAGUGUGUGGAUCUUGUAUUAGAAUAAUAGACAUGAAUUGUUUUUCAUGUUUUUCGUGUCGUGAAAAUAAGUCACCUAAUAAAAAGAGAUGUAACAAAAGAAAAGAACAAUCAACUUCUGUUCAUCCUCAUAGAGAAAACCUCUCACCAGAACAAGCACAACCUUUAUCUAAGCCAAAGACGCAGCAUAAGCCACAUUCUCAACCGCCUCAACGAACGAAUCCAGAGAGCAUAAGAAAUGUUGCAGCAGAAACCAGAAACCAAAAGACUGCUGAUAAGAAGGAUGAAGGCAACAAGAAUAUUGCAGCUCAAACUUUCACUUUCAGGGAACUGGCAGCAGCCACCAAGAAUUUCCGCCAAGAAUGUCUCAUAGGCGAAGGUGGAUUCGGACGCGUUUACAAGGGCCGCCUUGAUAGAACUGGCCAGAUUGUAGCAGUGAAGCAGCUGGACCGUAAUGGGUUACAAGGAAACAGAGAGUUUCUUGUAGAGGUGUUGAUGUUGAGCCUUCUGCACCACACUAAUCUUGUUAAUUUGAUUGGUUACUGUGCUGAUGGAGAACAGAGACUUCUGGUGUAUGAGUAUAUGCCCUUGGGAGCCCUGGAGGAUCAUCUUUUUGAUGUUUCACCGGAUCGAACUCCAUUAGAUUGGUUCACAAGGAUGAAAAUAGCAAUAAAUGCAGCAAAGGGUCUAGAAUAUUUACAUCAUAAAGCCAAUCCACCAGUCAUUUACAGAGACUUGAAGUCCUCAAAUAUUUUGCUGGAUAAGGAGUAUAAUGCAAAAUUAUCAGAUUUUGGAUUAGCAAAGCUUGAACCAAUGGGUGAUAAUUCACAUGUGUCUUCCAGAGUUAUGGGAACUUAUGGUUAUUGUGCUCCAGAGUAUCAAAGAACAGGACAACUUACUGUUAAAUCAGAUGUUUAUAGCUUUGGGGUUGUUUUAUUGGAGCUUAUUACAGGAAAAAGAGCUGUUGAUAUCACAAAGAAUGGGAAUGACCAGAUUUUAGUUGCCUGGGCGGAACCAAUUUUCAAAGACACAAGUAGAUACACAGAACUGACCGAUCCACUACUUAAAGGAGAUUUCCCAAAGAGAAGUUUCAAUCAAGCAGUUGCUAUUGCUGCUAUGUGUCUACAAGAAGAUCCAGCCGUUCGUCCAUUGAUCAGUGAUGUGGUCACUGCUCUCACUUUCCUUUGGGCCGAAUCGGGUAUGAGCUUCGGGUCGCCCAUUUCUCCUCCUUUACCCGUUUCAGAUAAUGAGGAAAAUCAUGAUGAAGAAAAAAUAACAUCUACAAAAGAAAGAGAGAGAGCAGUUGCAGAAGCCAUAGAAUGGGGUUCAAAUUCAAGAACCCAAAAUGAAAGAUUACCAUAAUAUGUAUUUUUUGUAGUGGCGUACGUAAAAUUUUGCGCGAACAGGUCCAUUUAAUGUCAUAAUUAUUCGACUCGUAAGUGAGUUUGAGUCUCAGACUAUAGUGGUUUUAUGGCUUUAAUUGCUUCAUUCGUCAAAAUUGAUAUCUAUUUU